AUGUCGAACGAAGAAAUUUCAGAUGAUGAUGAAUUACAAAAUACAGGUGCAAGUGCAAUAAUUACUGAAAUAGAACAGUUAAAUCUCAAUGAAGAAGAAGAAAAGGACAAAUGUGAUUGUUCAACACGUUCUUCUGAUGUAUCAUGUGAAAAUAUAUUCAAUCAUAUGGACUAUUUUUUUGGUGAAAAUGAAAAAUGUACUGUACAUCCUUGUUUUGCUCGAUGGCUUACUAAAAAAGCUAAAAAUCUUGAUGAAUUACAAACAAUUGAUCGUUAUGCAUUACUUCAACGCAUCAAACGAAAUUUUAAUUAUCGAGAAAUGUGUUUAGAUGAUGAAGAAUUUCAAGAAUGGACAGUAGAAUGGAAAAGUACUGCUAAAUAUGAAAGAAUGCCUUUAAUUCAAUCAUUUCUUCGAAUGCUUUUAUCUGAAGGCGGAUCGACAUUUUAUUAUUCAUUUUGUCGUAAUGAUAUUAUAGAAGAAGAUUGUGGAUGGCAUUGUAUUGAAUGUCGACGAUGUAAAGAUUGGAGAGAAUGGCAUUGUAAAAAAUGUAAUAAAUGUACAUACGGUGCUUCUUCACCAUGUCAACGAUGCGGACAUAAAGGUUGA